AUGAACUCUCAGACUAGAUUGAUCUCCAAUCUGCGCCUCCUUAUCCCUCGCCUGCGCCUCCUUCAGAAAAAGGACACCGCGUCAUCCGUUGUCCAACGUCGCGAGCUGUCCCAGCUUCUCAGCGAAGGUCGCGAAGCGUCCGCACGCAUCCGAGUUGAAAAUGUCAUCGCGACCGAUAUUGCUGUGGAGGUGAUGGAGAUGGUUGAAUUGUACUGCGAACUGCUGCUGGCCCGUGCAAACGUGUUGGACCAGCUUGCAUUCGGAGAGACAGGGACGCGCGCCAGGUUGCGCGCCAAGGAACUCUACAAGAAGCAGACCCUCACCCAGGCAGGGAUAUCGGGGGCGUCGGUUGCGUCAGAGACAUCUGGAUCCAGAUUUGGGUUUUCUUGGUUAGGAGGCGGGCAAAAGAAGGAGCCCAUCACGGCAGCGUCUCUCGCGUCUGGUAGUUCUCCAGAAGGCGGCGAUGGGCUCAGCGAAGAGGAGAAUGUCUAUAUGGAUACCGCUCUAGAUGAGGCAGCUGUUGCCAUAUUUUAUGCCUGGCACCGUUUCCCGCAUGAAUUACGUGAAUUGACCAUGCUUCGCACGAUGCUCGGUGAGCGAUACGGAAAGGAAUUCAUGACAUUAGCCCAGGACAACAAAGUGGACUCUGCAAAAGUACCCGAGCGAUUGUUGAAAGGACUGCGCGUGCGCCCACCAGGGCAGGAACUUGUUGAGAAUUACCUGCACGAAAUUGCGAAGGCAUAUGGGGUUGAAUGGCCGGCUGGCGGGGACUUGAAUGUACAAGAGGAGCUUGGAGAGGCUCCGCCCGAAUUUGUCGACUAUGAUGGCGGUGGUGACCAAGGCUUCGACCUUCCAUCAACUCCGCACAAGCAGCAUCUCGAUGCUGCAUCGCGACCCAAUCUCGCCGAAGUCCGACGCGCUUCCGAGACUAGCGAAUUGACCAAAGCCACUCCUCCGCGCGGUCCCGCGGCCGGUCGUAGUCCGGUCAGCGUUGCUCCACCGGCUCCUCGAUCCGAUAAUCUGCAUCCUCGCGUGAAGGUGCCUGGGUCCGAAGAAGAGAGCAGUAGCCCAGACAAGGCAGGUGUGGGCUCCCAGAAGAGCAGUGGCAAUGGGAUUCCCGAGCUUGAUGAGCUGACACGCCGAUUCGCCGAUUUGAAGCGAAAACCGUGA